AAAACAUAUUAUAGGACUGGACUUCUUUGGGCUUGGAAUGUGGAUUUUGGACCCACGCGAUGUAUCGAACAACCAUAAACCAUUGCCGGGAAAAAGCAAGACGUUUUGGGUUUGGCCGUUGGGAAUUAUUAGUUAAUUUCGGUUGGGUGGGAAAUGCUGUUAAGAUUUGAAUGGAGUGGGCUUGCAUAUCGGUGACUCCCCCCAUCUGGCCAUCUCUCUCUCUCACUCACUCACUCACUCAAAACAGAAACAGAAAGCGAGAAGUGCAUGCCAAGAGACUCCGUCAAGAAAAGAAGCAAACCCGCAAAUCUCAUCGCUUCCUCCUCGAUGUCGUUGGGCGUUUUUAGAGAGGAUUAUUCGGUCAUUUAUACCUUCUCUUCACCUAAGCAAAGACGGUUUUUUCCUGCAGAGGCAUUUGGCGCCGGCAGUUCUUGAUGUGAGUGCAUGAUUCUCCUGCCCUUUGCUUGUCUGACGGAAACAAAUCAUAAAGGAGAAAAUGUGUGACGUAAUGUCCGCCAGACCUGGGGAUGAAAGACCCAUAGUUGAAAGCUUAGAGGAUGAGAAGAAGAAUAGGAUGGGGUCUCUGAGGCAGAUAUCUGCUAAUUCCUCCACCAAGUUGAGGAACUCCCUGUCAAAAAAGGGUAGGAGAAGCAGCAAAGUUAUGGAUGUUUCCAUUGAGGAUGUGCAUGAUGCAGAGGAGUCAAAGGCAGUGGAUGCACUCCGACAAGCACUCAUCUUGGAAGAAUUAUUGCCCUCAAGACACGAUGAUUAUCAUAUGAUGCUCAGGUUUUUGAAGGCCAGAAAAUUUGAUACUGAGAAAACAAAGCAAAUGUGGACUGACAUGAUUCGGUGGAGGAAGGAAUUUGGUGCUGACACAAUCAUGGAGGAUUUUGAGUUUGAGGAACUCAAUGAAGUGCUUGAACACUAUCCCCAAGGACAUCAUGGAGUUGAUAAGGAAGGACGUCCUGUUUACAUUGAGAAACUGGGUCAAGUUGAUCCCAUCAAGCUGCUGCAAGCUACAAGCAUGGAGCGAUAUGUGAAGUAUCAUGUCCGGGAGUUUGAAAGAACUUUUGCUGUUAAGUUCCCAGCAUGCUCAAUUGCAGCAAAAAAACACAUCGACCAGAGCACAACAAUCCUGGAUGUGCAAGGAGUGGGACUAAAAAAUUUCAACAAAGCUGCAAGGGAUCUUGUUGUGGCCCUUCAGAAGAUUGACGGUGAUAAUUAUCCUGAGACAUUGUGCCGCAUGUUUAUAAUCAAUGCUGGUUCAGGAUUUAGACUGUUGUGGAACACAAUUAAGUCUUUUCUCGAUCCUAAGACUACUGCAAAGAUCCAUGUUCUUGGAAAUAAGUUCCAGAGCAAGUUACUUGAAGUAAUUGAUGCCAGUGAGUUGCCAGAUUUCUUGGGUGGUACUUGUACCUGUGCUGAACAUGGUGGCUGCAUGCGUUCUGAUAAGGGUCCAUGGAAGGACCCAGAAAUACUGAAGAUGAUCCAAAAUGGUCAUGUCACAUGUACAACAAAGACCACUACUCCAGGAACUGAUGAGAAGACAAUUCCAGAGGAAGAGAUAGUCUACCCAAAGAGAUGUGAUUCAGUCCAAUCAGACAAAGGUACUGAUGUUGAAGAUAUGCGAUCUCGCUCUUCUAAAAUUCCAAGGGAGGAUAUACGCCAUCCAGAACUAUCUCCUGUUCGUGAAGAAGUUAAAGUUAGCCAAAAUGGUCCUAGAAACUUUGAGUAUGAUGACCUUAUUCCAAUAGUGGAUAAGGCUGUUGAUGCAACAUGGCAUAAAAUUGUACAAAGCGACGAUCUUGCCCUCUCAAAAGUUUCAGGCUAUUUCCCUAUAAAUGAUGUUUGCAACAAGGCUCCUGAGGGCGGUAGCAAUCAGAUCUUUACUGGGCUCAUGGCCUUUGUUAUGGGCAUUGUUACUAUGAUCCGAUUGACUCGCACCAUGCCAAAGAAGCUCACUGAUGCCAACCUUUACUCCAGUCCUAUUUACUAUGUUGACCCAAUGAUUAAAGACCAAUCCCAGUUGUCUGGGCCUUCUAUCUCUGAAACUCAAUACCUGUCCAUCAUGAAGCGCAUGGAUGAACUAGAAGAGAAAGUGACUGUUCUCAGUAUGAAACCUGCAGAAAUGUCAGCCGAGAAGGAAGAAAUGCUUAAUGCUGCUGUAAGGCGUAUUGAAGCCCUGGAACAAGAGCUUAUGGCAACCAAGAAGGCUCUUGAGGAUGCCCUCGUCCGACAGGAGGAUAUCGUUGCUUACCUUGAUAAAAAGAAGAAGAAGAAGAAGCUGAGCCUGUUCAGCAUGUGAAAGGAAGAGAUACUGGAUAUCGUGUGAUGCUCAGAACAGAAACAGGAAAACUUGUUAAUCUGACGGUGGUAGUGAUUUCCAGUUAUCCAAAGCCACCAAAUGCCCUCUGAUUUUUAUCUUCAUUAAUAUCAAUAACAUUUAUUCAACGGUUUUGGUUGAAUACGCAUUUUUCCAUUUA